AUGACUCCAAUUCCCAGAUUCCACCCAACCAAAACUUCGGGUCAAGCCCCAACCACAGCCAAACAAGAUUUAAUUCCUCCUCCCAGAGAACUAAAAACACUGACGAUAGGCUGCAAAAUCGGCUUCAUCCUUGUCUAUCCACGCUAUCACCUUGCCAAUUGGGAUAUCGAAGAGACAGCGAAGACUAUCGUUCGUAACGCCCUCGCAAGCACUUCCUUCAUAGGCGAUGUUUGUAAUAUAUGUGAAGCCGACCAUGAGUACACACUCCCCGUGUCACUCAAACAUCUAGACGAAAACCACGCGGACAGAAACAAAUACUGGAAGGUCGACAUCAACCCAGAUGCACAUCUCCACGACGAGGAAUUCAUGGCUCUCUCUGACAGAUAUUUCGUCGUUGGCAUUCAGAUCAUCAGUCGCGUCUUCAGGUUUUACAAUAAGACCUACUGUCCUGGAGACAAGUUUGCUAGCCCCAUCGACGGAGACUGGCUCUAUCACGAUCAUCACGGACGUCGUGCUCAAUGCCACUGGAAUACGGAGGUCAGAGCAGUAGACCAAGCUUUGAAGACACUGAGCGUCAAGCCAAAUUACAGAGUCUUGACUAACGAAUUUACAGACUUCAAGGUCCAUGUCGGAAACAACCAUCGAGGCGUCCAUAUGGAUAUUGCUAGAAGUUUGAUGGCCAUCUUUACCGCCUUCGAGAGACAAUUCGAUGCAAUCAACACGACACCAAGAAUUGGCGGCGGUGUCAGAGGUCAGCCGGCCCCGGUGGCUAUUAGACCCAAAUUCGGCUAUCAAUACGCCUCUGACGACUUUGAUACAAUCCAAGAAGAAGCCGGAGAAGUAUGCAAGCCCAUGUCCAGUGUCAAUAUGUCAUACCUCAAGAUCUCAGGCAUGGAUUGCGGCUACGAUAUCGUGACUUUCUUACGCAUCUUUCUCAAAGGCAAUCUCGAUAGAGUCGGGCUUCAGAAAUUCCUUGAAAACGACUUGAUCUCUCACCGUAAUACGCUUCUGGACGUCUCGCGAGUUUGGGACGACAAAUUGAUUGCAUACAAUCCCAGCUAUGUGACUGAUUACUGCAUGAAGACACCCACAGUAGCGUCUCGGUCGCAUGCCGGCACUCUCGAUUCCAACGACCAAAUAGCUUGGAUGGAUCUCUGUUGCCUUCUCGUCGAGUAUUGUUACAUGGAGGACCUUCGCGAAGUCGAGAGCUGGACAAGGACACAUUGGUCCGAUCCUCACAACAGAUACACCAUCCUCGACGUUCUCGAACAUGUCGAUGGUUACAACUGGGACACCUUUGCUCACUACGAGAAAAUCGCUGUACCUUUUGCAGAUCCUGAGUCUAGAAUCGAGCAACCGUAUAUCCCACAUAUCACCGCCGAAUCAGCAGCAGAAAAGCUUCACAGUGAUCAUCUGAAAUCGACUGGUGUACCUACAGAUAUAUUGGUCAGAAAUGCAGACUACAAAAGGGCCCAGCAUGUGAGAGAGAAGAUCAAGCAUAAGUUUGAUAUGGGAUUGUACGGUAAGUUCCCGGAGGAGACUGUACUGGCCUUCAUUAGAGAUCAUCACGACAAGAAGGCCGUGUUGAAGAAGGGUUGGCAAGAUCUUGUUCUUCGUACGGAUUGA